AUACGCCACUGUGUUUACUUCUUAAGCUGCGCCCAACUAAUUAGUGACGAGUGCGCAUACGUACGCCAUUACCUUAUCAAGUGAUAAAAGUAAACAUAAAAACCGGAAAUUCAUAUAAAAAUCGUACCAUUUUGUGCUACUUCCUGUCCAAAAUGGCGUCCCCUCCGACUCUAUACGAGUACUACACUUCAAGCGGCAUUUCCGACGGUAUUUCAACCAAACAAACCAACUUCACCCUCAACAAUAAGCCUUUAACCAUAUUUAGUGGCGCCUUACAUUAUUUCCGGAUACCACAACAGUACUGGAGGGACCGUCUCCGUAAAAUUCGAGCCGCUGGCUUGAACACCGUUGAAACUUACGUCCCGUGGAAUUUACACGAACCCCAAAUUGGUAUUUAUGAUUUUGGGCAAGGUGGUAGCGAUUUUAGUGAAUUUCUCUACCUCGAAAAGUUCCUAAAGUUGGCUCAAGAGGAGGAUUUGUUGGCAAUCGUGCGUCCAGGACCGUACAUUUGCGCCGAGUGGGAUUUCGGGGGUUUACCCAGUUGGCUACUUCGCGAAAAUGUCAAAGUUAGGACUUCAGACCCGAAAUUUAUGUCACACGUGACUCGGUUUUUUACCCGUUUAUUGCCCAUUUUGGCUGCGCUUCAGUUUACUAAAGGUGGUCCAAUUGUUGCGUUUCAAAUCGAAAACGAAUAUGGCAAUACGAAAAAUAACGACACGGAAUAUUUAACAAAUUUGAAAGUACUUUUCGAGGAGAAUGGCAUUCGGGAAUUGUUGUUUACGUCCGAUACACCAUCGAAUGGUUUUUCUGGUACUUUACCAGGGAUUUUAGCUACUGCCAACUUUCAAGAUGACGCCCGGAAUGAAUUGGCAUUGCUUCGGAAGUACCAACCUGAUAAACCAUUGAUGGUGAUGGAAUACUGGACUGGAUGGUUUGACCAUUGGACGGAAAAACACCAUCAAAGGUCAAGUCAAGCUUUUGGUGCAGUUUUGGACGAAAUUUUGAGUGAAAAUUCAUCGGUAAACAUGUACAUGUUUCACGGUGGUACCAACUGGGGUUUUCUUAAUGGUGCCAACAUCAAAGACCUAACCACCGAUAACAGUGCCUAUCAACCUGACACAACAAGUUACGAUUACGAUGCUCCUUUAUCAGAAGCAGGUGAUUACACUGAUAAAUACCACAAAGUCAAAGAACUGGUCAAGAAGUAUAACACAGUUGUGACAAAAGUACCAGAAAUGCCAGAAUUGAUCAAAAGAAGUGUUUAUACACCAGUUCAGUUAACGGAAAUGUUGACUCUUGAUGAUUUAAUCCAACAAUCGGCCAAUAAAUUUACCUCAGAUGUGCUCAAACCAAUGGAAAUGAUCGGCCAAAGUUAUGGUUACAUUAACUACCGGCAAAGAAACCUACAUAUUACACCAAACUCUACGUUAAAAAUUGAAGGUCACGUUUGUGACACAGUCUUGGUCCUUAUCAACGGCCAAUUGAAGUCAAAAAUCCCCAAAAACCAAUCAGAUUUAAACAACUUUGGUUUUUGGCGCCACAAAGACUCGACUCUUGACUUGGGCCCAAUAGAAUACAAAAACGCUACUGUUGACCUUUUGGUUGAAAAUUUCGGUCGUAGCAACUACGGCAAACUGAACCAAUUCAACCAGUUUAAAGGUCUUUGGCAAGGCAAUGUUUUACUAAACGAUGCGGUUUUGCAUAAUUGGGAAAUAACACCGCUUGAAUUUAAAACAAACUGGACGAAUUCGUUACAAUGGAAGAGUAGUUUAAGUGAUUUUAGUGGGCCAAGGCUAUUUAAGGGCGUUUUAAACGUCCAGGAGGUGUAUGAUACGUAUCUAGAUAUGAGAGAAUGGACGAAAGGUUUUGUCAUAAUCAAUGGGUUUGUUUUGGGGAGGUUUUGGAAGCUCGGACCCCAACAAAGUUUGUACUUACCGGGGGCGUUUUUGAAGACGGGGGCCAAUAGUUUGGUGGUUUUUGAGCAUUUUGAAGGGAAGGGACAAGUCAAGUUUGUCAAGGAUUCCAUUUUUGAAACUUGUAACUGAGUAAAUAAAUGAUACGUAAAUUUA